CCUCAGCGCUUCGGCUUCAGGGGGCGCGCGUGCGCGGGGGGGCGCUCUAGCCCUUCCUCUCGCUGGUCGGCCGCGGGGGGUUGUGGGGGAUCGGCGGGCGCCUGGCGGUCGGCGGCGGCAGAGCUGAGGAGCGGGAGCCGCGAUGUCUCACACAAUUCUACUUGUUCAGCCUACCAAGAGGCCAGAAGGCAGAACAUAUGCCGAUUAUGAAUCGGUGAAUGAGUGCAUGGAAGGAGUCUGUAAAAUGUAUGAAGAGCAUCUGAAGAGAAUGAAUCCCAACAGUCCAUCCAUUACAUAUGAUAUCAGCCAGUUGUUUGACUUCAUUGAUGACUUGGCAGACCUCAGCUGUCUUGUUUACCGUGCUGACACUCAGACAUACCAACCGUACAAUAAAGACUGGAUAAAGGAGAAGAUCUACGUCCUCCUCCGCAGGCAGGCCCAGCAAGCAAGCAAAUAAUGGGGACGCCAUCCUUACGUGGGGCUGGGGGAGGGCUUGGACAACAGGUGUGUACAGAGUGUAGUAGUGAAAGUUUUGUAUUAUAGUCAUCCUGUUGCCAUCUUGUUAAACUCUUUAGUCGGGACUGAAUGUAUUGUUAGAGAUGCAAGGAUUUUGUUGGAUUGACCUUUUUUUUUUUUUCAGUGUAAAUGGGGAAGAAACUACAACAUCUUCAGCAGAGUUAAUUUUUUUUUUCCUGCUGGUUAGCUAAUGGUCCUACCUUAUUUGAACCCCUGGGGCUGUUCACAUUGUACUUCACCACAUCCACUGUAUGUGCCCUUCUGUGGGGUUUCCAACAUUUAGUUUUGUCCUUGAGGCGGUCUUAAUGGGGAAUAAAAAACUACCCUUUAGUUAAA